GAAAGCUUGCAAUGAUAUCGACAUUAUAUCACAUCGACUGGCACUAGGAUCUACUGCGGUCUGUCUUGAACAUCGGAGCAAUCCUCGACGGGUCGUAAGAUUCGUCAAGGUGGUAGUAUAUCCGCCCGUCUCUAGCAGCAAGGCUACCGUAGGUUAAUACACUGCGGAACGGUACCGCUGGAGAUCCUCAGCAUUGCUAAUUCCAUCAACUGCUUACAUCUUCAGAUGGCAACAUUGUUGUUUACGGUCAUUGCACCUUUUGAAGGGGACUGCUUACGAAGCCCGCAGCUUGUCAAAUCAUCACGCCAUCAGAUGCGGGGUAACGCCAUCUGUCGUGAUACCCUUGUAUGCACCCACACGGGCAUACAUAAACCAGUACCAACCCCUCACCAACAGCACAUGCCUUACCAGCACCUUCAACCAUCACAGCUCCAUCAGUAUCCCGUCCAGAACGCAUUAUGGCCUCCCCCAAAGUAGCCAUCGCCGGCGCAAGCGGCAACCUCGGCCCCAGCAUCGUCCAGGAGCUCCUGGCCGCCGGCCUGGAAGUCACCGCUCUCACCCGCCAGGACAGCAACAAGACCUUCGACGAGCGAGUCAAAGUCAGCGCCGUCGACUACGACUCGCCCGAAUCGCUGCAGUCCGCACUGCAGGGCCAGGACGUGGUGGUGGACGCGCGCGCUAUCGUCCCCAGCGAGUCCACCAUCCGGUUGAUCGACGCCGCCAUCGCCGCCGGGGUCACGCGCUUCAUCCCCUCGGAGUUCGGGACCGACACUCUCAACCCGCGCUCCGCCGAGCUCCCUGUUUUUGCCAACAAGGUGGCCUCCCGCCAGUACCUCGAGCAGGUGGCGCAGAGCUCGCCCCUUAGCUACAGUCUGCUGUUCACGGGGCCGUUCCUGGACUUUGGCCUCCGCACGGGGUUUCUGGUGAAUCUCGCGGGGCCGGUGGCGGAGUUGUAUGGUGGCGGGGAUCGGAGGGUGAGUAGCACAACUUUGCAGGGGAUCGGGAGGGCGGUGGUUGGAAUUGUGAGGAAUCUGGAGGCGACGAAGAAUGCGGCGCUGUAUAUCAGUGAGGCGGAUGUCACGCAGAAGCAGCUGAUUGAGCUGUCGGGGAAGAAGUUGGAGACGAAGGUGGUUGCCACGGAGGAGCUGGAGCGGAUUGGGCGGGCGGAGUUGAGCAAGCCGGAACCGAAUCGGGGGAUUGUGGCGGUCAACUUGAUCCGUCGGGCACUGUUUGGGGAGGGGUUUGGGAGUUUAUUUGAAGAGCAGAAUCUCGCUAAUGAGUUGCUGGGGCUGAAGAGGUUGACAGAGGAAGAGCUGCGGGAGUUGGUGGUGAAGUUCUCCACUACCGCGUGAAAGGUUCAUUUGGUCUGAAUAACAGAAUGUAUAGCAUCAAAGUGACACCGACUCUUGCAGGGAUCAGCAUACAUCAUAUCACAAGCUCUGUGUUGAGGUGAUAAUGUAGACCGGUGUGGUGCGAAGGUCCACUCCAGUGUUUGUUUGCCCUGGUCUUGAAAAGUUGUCGUAAUCAAGUAUGGGGGACUCAUCCUCGUAUGGACGGGUACAACACAGCAUACAAUGCAGAUGAUUGCUGAAUUUUGAAACGUACGAUGGGAGAUUUGCAGUUGGCUUAAGACAAGCGAAAGGAACUGCCAUAGCAGGUGUUAUUGGGCUACCACGUAUGUCUUCACGAAGUCCGAA